AAUUGUCCUCCCUCUGAUCCCCUUCCCUCACCUCUCCACUCUCACAAUCAUAACAAUGGCACCAGCACACUUCCUCCUGCUCCUCCUCCUCCCUCUGGCAUCUCCCACGCUCUUCGCUGUCGCUGCAACGGUCGCGCCGGGCCCGACACCGGCCCCGCUGAACCUGACCGGCAUCCUCGACAAGGGCGGGCAGUACACCACCCUGCUCCGCCUGCUCAAGGAGACCCAAGUUGGCCAGCAGCUCACCAGCCAGCUGAACAGCUCCUUCGACGGGCUCACGCUCUUCGCCCCCACCGACAACGCCUUCAGCCAACUCAAGCCCGGCACCCUCAACACCCUCACCGCCCAGCAGCAGGUGGAGCUCGUGCUGUACCACGUCCUGCCGCGCUUCUACAGCCUCACGACGUUCCAGAUGGCCAGCAACCCGUUGCGCACACAGGCGUCCGGCAACAACGGCGUCUACACCGUCAACGUGACCAGCACGAGCAACCAGGUGAACGUGUCGACCGGCGUCAACCAGGUCGUCGUCAGCAACGUGCUGCACUCUGACUUCCCGCUGGCCGUGUACUCGCUCGACAACGUGCUGCUGCCGUUCGACCUCUUCGGGGUGAAGCCCCCCGCGGCCGCCCCCGCGCCGGAUGUCGCGCCCAAGAAGAAGCCCAAGAAGGCGCCCGCGGACUCCACGGCCUCGGGCCCCGCCGCGGCCGACGCCACGGCGUCCGGGGCCGGUUUGAAGAGAAUCGGAUGGGGUUUUAUCGCCGGGGUUGGUUUCAUGGGCAUCAUGAACCUCCUUUGAAAGGAGUCCGUUGUUGCAUGCAUGGAUUGUUUAAUUAAUUUAAUGUCUCGCAUUGUUUGUACAUGAGCCAGUUUGUGAUAGUUUGUGUCAGCCCACGGCCUGCAAUUCUUUUUUUUCUUCUUUCCUUUUUUCCUUCUUUGCACCACGAUUUGUAUUCCGAGAUUGAAUUUUUUUUUUUUUAAACUCCUCUUUGAUUUGAUUUAUGAUCUUCUUUAUGGAAAUAAAUUAAUAAGGGGAUUUCACGAAAUAAA